AUGUUCCUUCAACGCACUGCCUCCGCCCUCGCGCGGCGCACUCCCGCUCGCGCCUUUGCUGUCGCUCGCCCAUUCUCCUCGUCCGUCGUGCGCAGCAACGCGAACAAGUGGACCCCCAAGGAAGAGACCCCGAUCCGCCAAUUCGAUGAGAUCAACCAGGCCACCGGUCUCGAGCGUCUGGAGCUCAUCGGAAAGAUGCAGGGCAUCGAUAUCUUCGACAUGCGUCCCCUGGACGCCUCCCGCAAGGGAACGAUCGACAACCCCAUCAUGGUCAACGGUGCCGGUGAUGAGCAAUACGCCGGUUGCACUGGCUACCCCGUCGACUCCCACCAGGUUAACUGGCUGACCGUCUCCCGUGAGCGCCCCAUUGAGCGUUGCCUCGAGUGCGGCAACGUCGUUAAGCUGAACUACAUUGGCCCUGAGGAGGACCCCCACGCUCACGAGCACGACCACGGUCACCACCACCCUCCCCACGAGGAGCCCAAGACCUUCGCCGACUACGUCAAGCCCGAGUACUGGUACCGGUAA